AUGUUUCUGGCCAAACGUUGUUCCUCACGUCAGUUGAGGAGGUCUUAUUCGCAGGCUGCUGAUCUCAAAAGUCUGUACAAAAAUAUUCUCAAAGAGAAGCCUUUUCAGCAGCUGGUGCAAACAAAAAACCUCAAUGAAGAGUUGUCACCAUAUGACUUUUCUGAGUUUGUGCUAAAAGGGCUAGCUGGCAAACAGGAUCUCAAUAUUGAUCGCAGUUUACUGCAUAAUAGGGUCAUAGAAUCCUUAACUGCCCAUGACUAUGGUGUAGGAUCCGUGCAUGCUAAAGAAUUACAAAAAUUAGGCGGUCAAUUGAGUCCCAAGAGUUUAGCCGAGAUCAUAAAGGGUAAUCCUGGUAGGGUCAAGAGCUCAUGGGAAAUAUUUACAGAUAAUUGGAAAACUGCAAAAGACUCUCAGGAAGUUCUGGGGACUAUAUUCACGAAACUUUUAAGCUUUGAUUCCGCUGAUAUUGCAGAUGGGAAAACCGAUUUAACUUUGCAAGACGUUACUAAAAGCAUUUUUUUGCUUUCCCUCAUUGAAGAUGUGAGCAUUAUUCAGGACGAUGCGUGGGAAGCACUGUUGCGAGCAUGCUUAGCAACCAAAGCCACCACUAUCGUACCUUAUAUUUUGAAGCAUUACAAGCCUUCGGAGACAUUCCUGCUGAACGAAGAUCUCCAGCUCACCGACUAUCAAACGUGCCAAUUAUUCCAGCAAAAUCCAGAGGUCUUACUCUGUGAAAAUUCAUCAAUGUUUAGAGACGUUUUCACAAUACUUGGUCAAAACGAAUUUGUUCAGCUCACGGAGGAAGAGCUGGAGGCUGACCGCAGCAUUCAACAUGAUCUACAAGCAAUGCGUCAGACGAGUAACAGUAGUUUCUCGAUCUCCUCACCGGCGAAGCUCGCCACUAAAGACUCUUUUGACAGUUUUUUAGCUGUGGUGGAACAUUCUGACAGUGAGUCCGACACUGUAAAAGAGCUUUAUACGACUGCUGUGCGUAGUUUGGGGAUCUACAAAAACGAUGUCAAUAGAGCAAGCUUGUUUUUUGACAAGGUGAAGAAGCCACAUCCAAGACUGUAUGAUGAGAUGUUUUUGGUGUACACUUUUAAUGGUGUAAAGGGCGCAGACGAGAUGCUAAUAAAAGAGGCCAUGGCCUUCAGUCCUAACCAAAACCCGGAAGCUUUACCUUCUAUUAUCAGUCGAGGCCUCAUCGCUGGCUAUUCGGUGUUCGACUUGGAGAAAUCUUUAACAGUCUUCAAUGAUAACAUCAAAUCAUCGAACAAGAAACCUUCUGAUAACAAUUCUGUAUCCGACGCUGCUCUACUGACGGAAGCUUUGGUAGUAGCGUUUUUGAGAAACAAGGACAGAGAUUUUGCACAAGUGAUACUUGAAAAAGCUGCAUCAGAACAAAUUCUGCCAAGCAAAACUGCAGUUCAGCUGGUGAAAAGGCAUUUGACUAGCUAUGGGACAAUGCUUGAAGAAUCUGAUUUUGAUCAAAACCUUCAAAACAUGGUUCUGGAUUACAUAAAGAGUCUAUAG